AUGGGCCGUGGACCAAAGAAGCACCAGAAGCGCCUCAGCGCGCCAGCGCACUGGCUCUUGGACAAAAUGUCCGGAACCUACGCUCCCCGCGCCUCUGCCGGUCCUCACAAGCUGCGUGACUGCAUGCCCCUGAUCGUGUUCAUCCGCAACCGUCUCAAGUACGCUCUUAACGGCCGCGAGACCAAGGCUAUCGUCAUGCAGCGCCUCAUCAAGGUCGACAACAAGGUCCGCACCGACCCAACCUUCCCAACUGGUUUCAUGGACGUCAUCAGCAUCGAAAAGACCGGCGAGAACUUCCGUCUCAUCUACGACACCAAGGGUCGCUUCACCGUGCACCGCAUCCAGGCCGAGGAGGCCGAAUACAAGCUGGGCAAGGUCAAGCGCGUCCAGCUCGGCAAGGGCGGGAUCCCAUUCUUGGUUACGCACGAUGCGCGAACCAUCCGCUACCCCGACCCUCUGAUCAAGGUCAACGAUACUGUCAAGAUUGACCUUGCCUCUGGCAAGAUCACCGACUUUGUGCGCUUCGACACUGGUGUGAUCGCCAUGGUCACUGGUGGUCGUAACAUGGGUCGUGUUGGUGUCAUCACCCACCGCGAGCGCCACGACGGAGGUUUCAACAUUGUCCACAUCAAGGAUGCCGUUGACAACACUUUCGCUACCCGUGAGUCCAACGUGUUCAUCAUUGGACAGGAGAAGCCAUGGAUCUCGCUGCCCAAGGGCAAGGGUGUCAAGCUCUCUAUUGCCGAGGAGCGUGACCGCCGCCGUGCCUAUGCUAUUGCUCAGGGUCACUAA